AUACAUAACCACCUAUCAGAGCUAUAUAUUUCUUUGAGCAUCCAACACAGUUUGGAUUGUCAGCACAAAGAAAAUUUAAGAACUUCAUACAGGACAAUGAGGAAACCAUUCCAACUACCACAUCUGACUUUUAUCGACAUAAAAACAGAACAUCUAACUUGUUCAGCUUUCCACAAUAUCUGCCUCAAAGUAUACAUAGUGCAACCAAUUCUACUGAUUUCUGUGGGUAUAUAUACAAGCAUAAUAUCAAGGCAUUGAAAGGCAAAACAUACUCGAAGAUGGCUGCAACAUCAAUGAUGGAGAAUGUUGAAAAUAUCCGUAAGGCACAAAGAGCUGAUGGAAUGGCAACCAUCAUGGCCAUUGGAACAUCACAUCCUCCCCACGCCAUUGAACAGAACAACUUCGCGGACUUCUAUUUUCGGGUAACUAACAGUGAGGACAAGGUCGAUCUAAAGAACAAGUUUGACCGCAUUUGCAGAAAAACAAUGAUUAAAAAGCGGUAUUUCUACCACAACGAGGAGUUCUUAAAGAAGUAUCCAAACAUAUGUUCGUUCAGUGCACCAUCCCUCAAUGACCGCCAGGACAUUUGUGUGCCUGAAGUACCGAAGCUUGGCAAACAAGCGGCACUCAAAGCACUAGAAGAAUGGGGAAGGGAUAAAUCUCUAAUUACCCACGUAAUAAUGUGCACCUCCUGUGGUGUUGACAUGCCAGGCGCUGACUUCCAACUCGUCAAACUCCUUGGCUUGAAUCUCAACAUCAACCGUUACAUGGUCUACAUGCAAGGCUGCUAUGCUGGUGGCACUGUUCUCCGUUAUGCAAAGGACUUGGCUGAAAACAACCGGGGUGCAAGAGUACUUGUCGUGUGUGCAGAGCUGACUAUAAUUGGUAUCCGCGGUCCCAACGAGACCCAUAUCGAUAAUGGCAUAGGAAACUCGUUGUUCGGGGAUGGGGCGGCAGCGUUGAUUGUCGGUUCAGACCCGAUAAAAGGUGUUGAGAAACCUAUAUUCGAGAUUGUAUCAGUGAAACAAAGGAUAAUUCCUGAUAGUGAAGGGGUGAUCCAACUUCACCUCAGGGAGGAAGGCCUAACUUUCCACCUGACCAAGGACAGCCCUGACCUGAUAGCAAACAAUAUAGAGCAGUGCCUAACUGAUGCUUUUGAGCCCGUGGGGUUACCCUCCGAUUGGAACUCGCUGUUCUGGAUUCCACACCCAGGUGGUCGGGCAAUACUGGAUGAAGUGGAGGCGAAGUUGAACCUUCAUCCUGAAAAGUUUCGAGCAACACGACAUGUGUUAUGGGAAUACGGGAACAUGAUCAGUGCCUGUGUGCUCUACAUACUGGAUGAGAUGAGGAAGAGGUCUUUGGCGGAGGGGCUAGCAACAACUGGGGAGGGACUUGAAUGGGGUGUGUUGCUGGGUUUUGGGCCUGGCAUGACGGUUGAAACCAUAGUGCUUCACAGUGUGCCUAUAUAGAAGAUAAAAUUUGGAUCCGGUUUAGAACUAAAUAAAAUGUUUUGACAUGAAGCAGCUUCAUCGUCAAACCAAGGUCUUCACCAGCAAAGGUAGCUGAGAACUCAUUUCCACUGUUAGCUAUUAUGUUUUGUAUCUCCUGGAAUCUUGAAGAGUCGUUAUAUUACUA